AUGGGCUUACCGUCUCUCACAGCGGCCAGUCUCAUGGAUUGGGCUGCCAUUGACCUCAUCCUCACUUCACUCUUCGCUGCUAUCAUCACAGUCAAUCUCCUCCUUCUCCGCCGUCGCGUGCACCGUCUUGAGCGGCGUAAGAUCUUUGAUCUGGAAAAGGGCCGCCAUGAUGUUGAGCUGCUCAACAAAUUCCGUGACCUUCAAACUACUGAAUCCAAGAAUGGACCGCUCGAUGAGAAGGCUUUUCAAUGUUUCAUGGAACUAGCCGGCGGAAAAAUUCCGAGCCUCGAUUCAAAGUGCGAAGACCAGGAAACGGCUUUCCGCUAUGAACAGUUGCUUCAAGCUGCUGUCAAAUUUUUCCACCCUGAGCGCUCUGAAGCAUCAGUCAAUGAAAAGCAAGAACUUGGGGCAGUUGUAGCUACGCCGGAGUUCACUGCCGCUGUUCUGGACGAACCACAGUCCAAUAACGCUGGCCACGUUACUGAGUUGGAUAACUGGUGCCGCCACUACAAUAGUCCAUCCGAGCCUCUUUUCACGGUGAUGGAACAGGACGGCCAACUGAGCCAAAUCAACAGCUGGAGCUUACCCAAGUAUUCUGGAUGCUCUAAGAAGAUGGCUGGAGAUAAUUUAUCUCCCAUUGAUUUCAGCAAGACCUCGUCCAAGGUCAUUAUGGACGAACAAGAAUUCUCUGGCAUACCAAAUCUCAACAGAAUGACGUCUGAGGAAGACUCGAGCCAACCAUCGUCCAAGAAAUUGUUUAACGCGCCAGUCGUGCCAGCAUGCUGGAGCGAACAUCAGCAGUCCCUCUACGAUGCCUCCACGAUCGACCCGGCGUUAACUAGUGGCGCAGGGUAUGAAUUGACAGUCAAGGGCCCUAGUACCAUCCCCUCUCCACCACUUAGAAGCUCGUCUUUUGCUACCCCUGUCUGGCCUGGCCCCAACGAACCCAGCAACAAAUCUCUUCCGUUAAGCUAUCUUCCAGACCGCUCUCUACCAGGCUCCGACUCCAACGCGGACAAGUACAACUCAGCCGAAGAGAUCUUGGAAGCAGCUCUGCCGGAAGAUGGAAUCGAAAACCCUCUGCUCCGCCUUCCACCUCAAGAUGACGAGGGUUCUCGGGCUCCCCAGAGUUUGCUGCAGACCCGUCCAAAAGCCACGAAGCACUACACCCCUCUUGAUGCAAAGCUGACGUACGAAGUCUCAUCAGCUCCAUACCUGUUUUUCAGCCCCAAACGACUUCGCAGCACUACAGAGCACAACAGAGCACAACAGAGCACAACAGAGCAACAUCACACUCCCAGCAACACUCUUGAGCCGUACCCUCAGGCAGCAACCAAAAGCACCAACAGCACCACAAAGUAUUGCUUUACCUUCAUCUUUCCCAUCCAUAUCACCCCCACACCACCACCACCAACAACCGAGCUCUGCCAGACCCACAACACAUUGUGCUCGAAGGCCUGGAAUCCGCAGACCAUGCCGGUCAUACGCACGAAACGACACCCUAGGGCUUGGAACCGAGUUGAGGACUAG